UUUAUUAUAUUUGUUACAUCGUCCAACAACUGUCACAAUAACAAAGAAGGUAUAAGUUAUUUCUCUUUAUCAGACUGAAGGCAGAACAGUUUGAAGGGAGGAACUCAACACUGAAAGUAACCCGAGCACCGUUCCAGUCAGUUUUGCUUGCGGGUGGACAAGCCAAACCCAGAGAAGCCAUGGGAAACCGGGGGAUGGAAGACUUGAUCCCCCUCAUCAAUAAACUCCAAGACGCUUUCAGUUCUAUCGGUCAGAACUGUAAUUUGGACCUGCCUCAAAUCGCAGUGGUCGGCGGUCAGAGCGCAGGAAAAAGCUCGGUCUUGGAAAAUUUCGUCGGCAGGGACUUUCUUCCACGAGGCUCAGGCAUCGUCACACGCAGGCCCCUCAUUCUGCAGCUGGUUAAUCAUAAAGCAGAAUAUGCCGAAUUCCUGCACUGCAAAGGGAAAAAGUUUGUGGAUUUCGACGAGGUUCGGCAGGAGAUCGAAGCCGAGACAGACAGAAUUACGGGAUCCAACAAGGGCAUCUCUCCCGUUCCCAUCAACCUGAGAGUCUAUUCUCCCCAUGUGCUGAAUCUGACUCUUAUCGACCUGCCGGGUAUGACGAAGGUUGCCGUGGGCGACCAGCCUCCGGACAUUGAGCAUCAGAUCAGGGACAUGCUGAUGCAGUUCAUCACCAAGGAGAACUGCCUAAUCCUGGCCGUGACCCCAGCCAACACUGACCUCGCCAACUCCGACGCCCUCAAGAUUGCUAAGGAGGUCGACCCUCAGGGACUGCGCACCAUUGGCGUGAUAACCAAACUGGACCUGAUGGACGAGGGCACGGAUGCCAGAGACAUCCUGGAGAACAAGCUGUUGCCGCUGCGCAGAGGCUACAUUGGAGUGGUGAACCGGAGUCAGAAAGACAUUGAUGGAAAGAAGGACAUCCGUGCUGCGUUAGCUGCAGAGCGGAAAUUCUUCCUGUCUCACCCUGCUUACAGACACAUGGCUGACCGAAUGGGCACACCUCACCUUCAGAAGACCCUCAACCAGCAACUUACCAACCACAUUCGGGACACACUACCAGGACUGCGCAGUAAGUUGCAGAGUCAGCUGCUUUCUCUGGAGAAAGAGGUGGAGGAAUACAAGAACUUUCGCCCCGAUGACCCCACCCGCAAAACCAAGGCUCUGCUCCAGAUGGUGCAGCAGUUCGGGGUGGACUUUGAGAAAUGCAUCGAAGGGUCGGGAGAUCAGGUGGACACAGCCGAGCUGUCGGGCGGAGCCAAGAUCAACCGAAUCUUCCACGAGCGUUUUCCCUUCGAGCUGGUCAAGAUUGUGUUUGAUGAGAAGGAGCUGAGGCGAGAGAUCAGUCACGCCAUUAAGAACGUCCAUGGAGUAAGAACUGGCCUGUUCACUCCAGACCUGGCGUUUGAAGCCAUCGUGAAAAAGCAGAUCGUUAAGCUGAAAUCGCCUUGUAUCAAAUGUAUCGAUCUGGUCAUUCAGGAACUCAUCAACACGGUCAGGCAGUGCACCCUCAAGCUGAACUCGUACCCAAGGCUGAGAGAGGAGACGGAGAGAAUCGUCACCACGCACGUCAGAGAGAGAGAAGGCAAGACCAAGGACCAGGUUAUGCUGCUGAUUGACAUUGAGCUGUCCUACAUAAACACCAAUCAUGAGGACUUCAUUGGCUUUGCUAAUGCUCAGCAGAGAAGUACACAUGUGAAUAAGAAGAGGGCCAUUCCUAACCAGCUAGGUGGACUGAGAGAGGGCGAGGAAGAGAAGGUAAUCCGUAAAGGUUGGCUCACCAUCAAUAUCAGUAUCAUGAAAGGCGGCUCCAAGGAGUACUGGUUUGUCCUGACUGCUGAAUCCCUCUCCUGGUACAAGGAUGAAGAGGAGAAAGAGAAGAAAUACAUGCUGCCAUUGGAUAACCUCAAACUGAGAGACGUUGAAAAAGGCUUCAUGUCCACCAAGCACACCUUUGCUAUCUUCAACACAGAGCAAAGGAAUGUGUAUAAGGACCUGCGGCAGAUUGAGCUGGCCUGUGAGUCACAAGAGGAUGUUGACAGCUGGAAAGCCUCUUUCCUCAGAGCUGGAGUCUAUCCUGAGAAAGAUCAGGUGGAACAGGAGGAGGCAGGUCCUGCAGAUACAAUCUCCAUGGAUCCUCAGUUGGAGAGGCAGGUGGAGACCAUCCGUAACCUGGUAGAUUCUUACAUCGGCAUCAUCAACAAGUCCAUCAGAGACCUGGUCCCCAAGACCAUCAUGCAUCUUAUGAUCAACAGCGCAAAAGACUUUAUCCACUCUGAGUUGCUUGCUUACCUGUACUCAUCCGGAGACCAGAACAGUCUGAUGGAGGAGUCAGCUGAUCAGGCUCAGCGCAGAGACGAGAUGCUGCGUAUGUACCACGCCCUAAAGGAGGCGCUGCACAUCAUCGGAGACAUUAGCACCAGCACCGUCUCCACCCCAGUGCCUCCACCUGUGGACAGCAGCUGGGUGCAGGAGACCAGCUCGCCUAGCCCCACCCCUCAGCGCAGACCACAAGUGGCGGCUCCGCCUCCAAGCCGGCCCCCAGCAGUGAGAGGGCCAACGCCAGGGCCUCCUCCACUGAACCCCUCCCCGGCAUUUGGAGCUCCACCAAUCCCCUCCCGUCCGGGGCAGCCCAUCAAUGCCUUCAAUAACAGUGCCCAUGACCCUUUCAGUGCCCCCCCACAGAUCCCCUCCAGACCUGCCCGUGUACCCCCCGGCGUGCCCAGCAGAAGACCCCCGGGCGCCCCCAACCGGCCCACCAUAAUCCGCCCCGCUGAGCCCUCCCUGCUAGACUAGACCUGUGCACGGGCCAGGAGUGUGUGCUUGGGCUAAGAGUGAAAGAGAGAGGAGAGAG